AUUUCCCAUUUCAUGUGCUGUUUACCUCAACACGUGCAGAAGUUUUUGUUUAUAUUUUUGCUCGUGGUUUUCGCUUAAAACCAGCCAUAAAAUGAAGUUCUCCUACAAAUUUUCCAAUCUGCUGGGCACAAUAUAUCGCAAUGGCAACUUGGUGUUCACACCGGAUGGAAAUUCGGUUAUCAGUCCGGUUGGCAAUAGAAUAACGGUCUACGAUUUGAAAAACAACAAAUCGCGCACCUUGUCCCUGCAAUCUCGAUACAACUACACGAACCUGGCUCUUUCGCCAGAUGGCAGCCUGCUGAUCGCGGUCAAUGAACAGGGGGAGGCGCAGCUCAUCAGCAUGAUGUCCUGUACAGUGAUACAUCGGCACAAGUUCCAGAGAGGCGCCCAGUGCAUCUGCUUCAGUCCGAAUGGCGCCUACUUCGCCGUCGCUGUCCAGAAUCUGGUACUGGUAUUCUGCUCCCCGGGUGAAAUCACCGGCGAGUACAAUCCCUUCGUCCUGCGGCGCAGAAUCCUCGGCGGCUACGACGAUAUCACAUGGCUGGACUGGUCUUCGGACUCCCGCUUUCUGGCCAUCGGCUGUCGAGAUAGCUCCACCAAAAUCUGUGCCAUGAACUUUACCAAGAACUUCCGCACCUUCAACCUUAGUGGACACACGGAUGCCAUUGUGGCCUGUUUCUUUGAGGCGAAUAGUUUGCACAUGAACACCAUAAGUCGCAAUGGACAGCUGUGUUUGUGGGAAUGCAGCAUGGCUCCCUCGGAUUUGGAGGAUGCAGAGAGGCCGACGAAUGCUCCUCCUCAAAGGAAGAGGGAGAAAAAGGCCGAUCCCGACAAUGAGUCCGAGGACGACGUUGAAAAUGUGGUGGAAAGGGAGGCAUUGAAGGAGGACUCCUCCAAAGGAGUCGAAGAUGUUAACGACAUAAAAGAUGAGGAAAAGAAAAAGGGUCAUCCCUUCUUCUACAAGAAAAUUACGCGCCAUUAUUUGGCCGAUGAGCCGCGCAAGGAGCAGCGGGAUGUCCAACUAACCGCAGCUAACUACAACACACGCACCAAGGUCCUGGUGGUUGCUUUCAGCUCCGGAGCCUUCUACCUGUACGAGCUGCCCGACGUGAACAUGAUUCACUCGUUGAGCAUCUCCGAGUAUCCCAUUUCGGCUGCCCUGUUCAACUGCACGGGUGACUGGGUGGCUUUGGCCUCCCGCGAGAUUGGACAACUUCUGGUUUGGGAGUGGCAGAGCGAGCAGUACAUCAUGAAACAGCAGGGACAUAGCAGCGAAAUGACCUGCAUUGCCUACUCCUCCGAUGGCCAGUUCAUAGCUACCGGCGGAGAAGAUUCUAAGGUGAAGCUUUGGAACACGCAGAGCAGCUUCUGUUUUGUUACUUUCAGCGAGCACACCAGUGGAGUAACUGGCAUACAGUUCAGCAGGAACAAGAAGUUCCUGGUCAGUAGCUCUCUGGACGGCACAGUGCGUGCUUUCGAUGUAAACAGAUAUCGCAACUUCAGAACUUUCACCUCACCGAAUCCUGUUCAGUUUUCGUGCGUGGCUGUGGAUUACUCUGGUGAGUUUGUUGUGGCUGGUGGCCAGGACGUAUUCGACAUAUUCCUCUGGUCGGUAAAGACGGGCAAGCUGCUGGAGAUCAUCAGUGGGCACGAGGGACCCGUGGUUUCCCUUGCAUUUUCCCCAGUGGCCACGUCUUCCACCUUGGUGUCUGGUUCUUGGGACAAAACAGUCAAGGUUUGGAACUGCCUGGAGAGCAACAGCGAGCACGAAACCAUUGAUGCUGUUUCGGAUGUAACUAAUGUGACUUUUAGUCCCAGUGGCGAAGAGAUUGCAGUGGCCACUCUGAGUGGUAAUAUAACUAUUUUUGAUAUCAAAUCUGCCGGCCAAGUUACCACCAUAGAAGGUCGUAAUGAUCUGAGCGGGGGACGCCUGGAAACUGAUAUAAUCACAGCGAAAAAGAAUGCCCAGGCCAAUUAUUUCUCCACCAUUGAGUACUCGGCAGAUGGAGAGUGUAUUUUGGCCGCUGGAAAGUCGGCCAACAUCUGUAUAUACCAUGUCAGGGAGGCUAUACUUCUGAAGAAAUUCGAAAUCACACAAAACCACAGCUUAGAUGGUCUUAAUGACUUUAUCAGUCGCAAGCACAUGAGUGAGUUUGGUAACAUGGCCUUGGUGGAGGACCGCGAAGAGCUGGAGGGAGGUAAGGUGGCCAUUCGAUUGCCGGGAGUACGCAGCGGAGACAUGUCCUCCAGACGCUUCCAGCAGGAGGUUAGAGUGUUCUCUGUGAAGUUCUCACCUACGGGUCAGGCAUUUGCAGCUGCAGGAACUGAGGGACUCUGCAUUUAUGCCUUGGAUAAGGGUGUUGUCUUUGAUCCCUUCGACCUGUCGCUGGAAGUGACGCCGAAAGCGGUCCACGAGUCCCUCAAAAAGCAGAACUACACCAAGGCGCUGGUCAUGUCCCUGAAGCUUAACGAGCCCAAUUUGAUUGCCCUAGUGCUGGAGCGAGUGCCGUAUAAGGACAUCGAACUCGUUUGUGCGGAUCUGUCGCCGGAGUUUGCCCAGCGACUGCUGCAACAAUUGGCCCGCCAUCUGCAGUCCACGCCCCACAUCGAGUUCUAUCUGCAAUGGAGCUGCAGUCUGCUGACCAAGCACGGAAACCAGGAUGGAGUCUUCCAGCACACGGGACUGCUGGCCCUGCACGAAGUGCUCUCGAGAAAGUACGAAAUGCUCAAUAAGAUCUGCGACUAUAACAAAUAUACGUUAAGAGUCCUCUUGGACCGGGCGGAUAAAUUGGAGCAGGAGAAUGAGGGUAAAACGAAAACCGUGGACGAAGAUAGCGAUGAGGAAAUGCUUCUGAUCAGGUCAAAGGACAAGGAGAACGGGCAGUCGCAAUUUAGCGAUGAGGAGGAGAGUGACAGUGGUUCCGAAGAAGAUAUAUAGACUGAAUAUAUAUCCCCAAGGAUUAGCCUGUUAACGCUGUUAUAAAAACCAACUAUUAGUUUGUUUGAUAGAUGUACGCGCCUUGUCUUUUAUUAAGAAUAAAUUUAAAGCUUUCGAUAACAUUAUUAGAGGGUUCACUGACCUACGAAUAGCUGAGUGAACAACAUAACUUAAAAGAUGGAAAGAAUAUAGAUAUUUAUAUAAACUUAACUUGGUACAGCCAUUACCAUCCUAGAUAAAUAUAUGCAUGUAAUAUAUAUAUAUAGUAGUGAUGUAAUUUAUUUACAUUGUGUCCGUAUUUUCAUAUCAAAUAUAAACUCGAUUUAGCUUAACAAA